ACAGAGAAGCAAUGGGGCGUGGUUAUGCAAAUACAAUCCUGGCGGUAGAGGGAGAAAAAAUAGCGGUAAAAGGGCGUGAGCUGGUCUGACAGGUGGAAAAAGGGACGUCAUUCGUAGCGUUGAGGGGCGUGGCCCCGGCCUGGGAGAGCCCAUAGUGUAGUAUGGCUGAGUCUGAUGGACGUUGCUACGGAUUGCUCGGCCGCGCAUUGUUUUUGCUGCUGCCCCUGUCCUGCUGCGCUGCCCGCACCGAUUCUCCGCUGCCCGAGCACCUGCCGCUCAUCCUGGGCUUCCGCUUGGAGAGAAGUGACCGACACGCCGCGCUGUCCCCGGACGGGGAGCUGGAGGUAGCGGAAGGCAGCCGGCUGGAGCUGCGAGUUUACGGCCUGCACCUGCGGGAGCACAGCGGGCAGCUCCUGGCGUUCACCGAGUACUCCCCGGGCUCUCAGGACAACCGCAGCUGCCUGGGGGACACUAGGGACUUGCUCGUGACCCGGCUGAACGCGAGCGAGGAGGGAUUCGGCGCGGCGGCGCUGGUGCGUUUGGAUGUGCUGCCCCUGCGGAAGAGCCAGAGCUCCCGGGUGUACGUGCUGUGUACGAGCCGAGGCCCCGGGCUGCCCUGGAAGUUACACGCGGGACCGGACGGGAGGCUGCGGGUGUUGGAGGAGGAGAAGCCGCUGCUGCCGGUCUGGUUACAGGGAUGUAUUAUCGCCGUGUUACUCGCGCUCUCCGGGAUCUUCAGUGGACUCAAUCUGGGCCUCAUGGCGCUGGACCCGAUGGAGCUGCGGGUGGUACAACGCUGCGGGACGGACACAGAGAAGCGCUACGCGUCCAACAUCGAACCGGUGCGGCGCCAGGGCAACUACCUGCUCUGCUCCCUGCUGCUCGGCAACGUCUUGGUCAACACCACCCUCACCACUCUGCUCGACCAGCUCAUCGGCUCCGGUCUGGCCGCCGUCUUCGCUUCCACCGUGGGCAUCGUCGUGCUGGGGGAGAUCGUGCCCCAGGCUCUGUGUUCCCGCCACGGCCUGGCUGUAGGGGCCAAUACCAUCUGGCUCACCCGCAUCUUCAUGGUACUCACCUUCCCCGUGGCCUAUCCCGUCAGCCGCCUGCUCGACUGUGUCCUCGGCCAGGAGAUCGGAACCGUCUAUAACCGGGAGAAGCUGCUCGAGAUGCUCAAGGUGACUGAGCCGUAUAGUGGUCUUGUGCGCGAAGAGAUGAACAUCAUACAGGGGGCUCUGGAGCUGCGCACCAAGACUGUGGAGGUGGUCAUGACCAAAGUAGAAGACUGUUUCAUGCUGCCCAGCGAUGCCACGCUUGAUUUUAACACCAUGUCCAGCAUCAUGGAGAGUGGCUACACUCGCAUCCCCGUCUAUGAGAAAGAGCGCUCCAACAUCGUGGAUAUUCUUUAUGUCAAGGAUCUUGCCUUUGUGGACCCAGAUGAUUGUACCCCCCUGAGUAGCAUUACCCGCUUCUACAGCCACCCUCUCCAUUUCGUGUUCAGCGACACCAAGCUGGAUGCUGUUUUGGAAGAGUUUAAGAAAGGCAGGUCCCAUCUGGCUAUCGUACAGAUAGUGAACAGUGAAGGAGAAGGGGAUCCGUUCUAUGAGGUGAUGGGACUGGUGACGCUGGAAGAUGUCAUUGAGGAGAUUAUCAAGUCUGAGAUCCUGGAUGAAUCGGAUUUGUAUACUGAUAACCGCAGUAAGAAAUAUGUCAAGCGUCGCCAAGACAGGAAAGAUUUUUCAGUAUUCAAGGACCCAGAAAAUGAAUUGAGGGUUAAAAUCUCCCCUCAGCUGUUCCUUGCUGCCCAUCGCUUCCUGUCCUCAGAAGUUUCCCUGUUUGCACCUGCACUAGUCUCAGAGAAAACCCUCUUGCGCUUGCUCAAGUACCCUGAUGUGGUUCAGGAACUGCAUUUUAAUGAGGAAGAUAAAAAGGCACCAGAGAACUUCUUGUACCAAAGCAGCAAGACAGCAGAUUACUUCAUACUCAUCCUGCAGGGUAAAGUUGAAGUAGAAGCUGGCAAAGAGAAUAUGAAAUUUGAAUCGGGAGCCUUUUCCUACUAUGGCGUUAUGGCCAUAAACACACCAUCUGCUCCUGAACUCCGCUCCCCAUCCCACAUGAGCAGCCCCAAUCGCUCCAUCUCCCUGAGUUGUCACGAGAGAUCUAACUCCAUCUCUUCCACAAUCGGUGGCAGUAAUACUCCGCUUAUCGUUCAGGCACAGUACAUGGCAGACUUCAGUGUGCGAGCCCUCGGUGAUCUGCAGUUUGUCAAGAUCACGCGAGAACAGUAUCAAGGAGCACUCCUGUCCUCUCGCUUAGAUAGCAGCCCCCAGUCCCUGGAUGGAGGAACUCGCAAGCUAAAUAGCACCUUAUCAGAGCACAGUGAAAUUCUGGAGGAUGAGACCAUCAGCCUUCUGAACCAGAGGAACUCUCAGCACAGUCUGCAGCACAAUGCAGUCUGACACCACCAUCUGCGUCUGCUUAGUAUUGCUCCACCGGAUUUUGAUUUGCACCUGAAAACUGAGGAGUGCUUGGAAGAUCGCUGGAAUGGACACUUCAAUAAUCAGGAGCAGUGUUUGGCGACGCAGGAGUGAAAGGAAUUGUUGGUGGGGAGGGGACGGGGGAGCGUGAAUAUGGCAGACCAUGUCUUUGCACCACUCUAUUUUGGAUACCAUGCUGUGUAUAUCA